AACAUUUUUAAAAUAUAUUUUUUAUCAACAACCAGAUUGAAUAUUUACAUUCUUGAAGUGAAGUUAAAUAGGUAUGCUCGUUUAAUUUUAAAAUGUUUAAAGAAUAUUUCAAAUAUUACAAGCGUAUUAAUUCACUAGAACAUCAAUCUAAUGUAAUAGAUUUUGAAAAUGUAGAUGUGAACGAAAUUAUUAAAUAUAAGGAAUUAAAAACAGCGUCUUGUAACAAUGAAAAAGAAAAACUUGAUGGUCUUGGUUUAAAAAAUGAUUUAUCAGAUUGGAGAUGUUAUGAAAUAUCAAACAUACCAGGUCUAAUAUUUAUUAGUAAUCCUUUCACACCAUGUGGUCAAAAAUAUUGGAUGAAACGAUGCAUUGUGGAUUAUACAAAAAAACCAAAUAGAUUAAAUAUUGAUGCUCAUCAUUAUAUUGAUGUUGAAGAAAAUUGGUGGACUACAGUAAACAAUACGGGUAAUAUCAAACUUAGAGAUCAAUUACGAUGGGCUACACUGGGAUACCAUCAUGAUUGGGAUACAAAGGUCUAUUCUGAAUCAGCAAAAUCUGAAUUUCCAUCUGAUUUAUAUCAGCUUAGUAAAACUAUUAUUGAAUUGUUAAAAUUUCCUGAAGAAUUUAUUGCGGAAGCAGCUAUCGUAAAUUUCUAUCAUCCAUCAUCAACACUAUCUGGACACAUAGAUCAUUCAGAGUAUAACUUAAGUGCUCCACUUUUAUCAAUCAGUUUUGGUUUAAGUGCCAUAUUCCUGAUUGGAGGUCAUUCAUUGAAUGACAAACCAACUGCUAUACUUUUAAGGUCAGGAGAUACUAUUAUUAUGAGCAGAGAAAGCCGAUUAAGUUACCAUGGAGUACCAAAAAUUUUAUUAUCUGAAAAUGAUCGAAAAAUCAAAUAUGAAAAUGAAUGGGAGUUUAAUCUUAAGAACUAUAUGAAAGUUACGAGAAUCAAUAUAAAUGUUAGGCAAGUUAAUAAUGCUAUCAGAAGUUAAUAAAUUAACUCAUUUCAGUAUUCA